GAGAGUGAGGGAGAGAGAGAGGGAGAGAGAGGCAAACAGCGUGGGGAAGACAAAGCACAGAUAAGCGAGGCUCCUUGCAGCCCUUCGUUGAGAACUUGACACUUUCCACACCACAGCCAGCAUGGUUGUCCUGAAUCCAGUGACCCUGGGAAUUUAUCUUCAGCUUUUCUUCCGUUUCAUCGUGUCUCAGCCCACUCUCCUCACCAGCGUGCUUCCGAUUUCAGCAGCCCUUCCCGGCCUGGAUCAGAAGAAGCGUGGCGGCCACAGAGCAUGCUGCCUGCUGACCCCCCCGCCACCCCCUCUGUUCCCACCACCGUUCUUCAGAGGGGGCCGAAGUCCGCUUCUCUCCCCAGACAUGAAGAAUCUCGCCCUGGAACUGGAGACCACACGGCCCCCAUGCGUGCAAGGGUCGCUCAGCUCCCCCGGGCCUCCGGGGCCCCAGGGCCCGCCUGGGCUUCCCGGCAAGACAGGACCAAGGGGAGAAAAGGGGGAGCUUGGCCGACCGGGAAGGAAGGGCAGACCCGGCCCCCCAGGUGUUCCUGGCAUGCCUGGGCCUGUUGGCUGGCCCGGCCCUGAAGGCCCCAGGGGUGAAAAAGGUGACCUGGGGAUGAUGGGCUUGCCAGGGUCAAGAGGACCAAUGGGCUCCAAGGGCUACCCUGGAUCCAGAGGGGAAAAGGGAUCCAGAGGUGAAAGGGGUGACUUGGGUCCCAAAGGAGAAAAGGGUUUCCCAGGACUUCCUGGAAUGUUGGGGCAGAAAGGUGAAAUGGGACCAAAGGGCGAGCCCGGGAUAGCAGGCCACCGGGGGCCCACAGGAAGACCAGGAAAACGAGGCAAGCAGGGGCAGAAGGGAGAUAGUGGAAUUAUGGGCCCACCAGGCAAACCUGGGCCUUCUGGUCAACCUGGCCGUCCGGGCGCCCCAGGACCCCCGGGUCCCCCGUCUGCAGGACACCUUGUAAUGGGACCCAAAGGGGAAAGAGGAUUUCCCGGGCCUCCAGGAAGAUGUCUCUGUGGCCCUCCCAUGAAUGUGAAUAACCCUUCCUACGGGGAGUCUGCGUAUGGGCCCAGUUCCCCACGAGUUCCUGUGAUAUUUGUGGUCAACAACCAGGAGGAGCUUGAGAGAUUGAACACCCAACAUGCCAUUGCCUUCCGCAGAGACCAGAGGUCUCUGUACUUCAAGGACAGCCUUGGCUGGCUCCCCAUCCAGCUGACGCCUUUCUACCCUGUGGACUACCCCGUAGACCACCGCGGCUCCUGCGGGGACGGGGUCCUGCAGCCGGGGGAGGAGUGUGAUGACGGGAACGGCGAUGUGGGUGACGACUGCAUCCGCUGUCGCCGGGCCUACUGUGGAGAUGGUCACCGGCACAGGGGCGUGGAGGACUGUGACGGCUCUGACUUCGGCCACCUGACCUGCGAGACCUAUCUCCCCGGGUCGUACGGAGACCUGCGGUGCACCCCGUACUGCUACAUCGACUCCACGCCCUGUCGCUACUUCACCUGAGGGCCGCCGGGAGGAGGCGGCUACACCCACGGAACUGGCAGCAGCUUCUCCACCCUCGGCAGACUGAUCUCGCCCUGUCCUGGUCCGGUUUCCACCACCUUCAUGCAACAGAAACAAGGACAAACUCUUGCUGCUAAGAUGUGCUUUUAACGCAGUCCGACUGGAAGAACCUAGGACCACUGCAUCCUGUCUUAACCCCAAGUACCGGGCCUCUUCCACACGCCCAUCGCGACCCUCCGGCCAGACCGACGGCCUGCGGGGCCCUCCCUUCCGAAUAUCGUGGACUUGGCUUUGCACUGUUAGGCACACAGACUGUUGGAGAUUGCUCCCGUCCGCUGGGGGCAUCUGGGGCACAGGCCUCUCGUCUCCUCUGACCUCUGGAAAUGUGGGCAUUCUCACCUGGCAGCUGGCCGGGGCUCCCCGGGCCUGGGAACCACAGAGCAGGGAAGUGGGCCUGUUCUUUGGGGGUGGCCCCCAGAUCUGGGUCCAACUAGGGAGCCCCCCACCCCGCAGCUAACCACAGCCCAGCGCGGCCUCGUGUGGAUGCAGCUUCCCCAGGCAGAGCCCCAACUGUGAAUAAGUACUGAGACCGCCGCCAAACCCUGGGGUGCUGGGGUGCUUACCGUGUAGACGAAAGCAGAGCAGUGGCCUUCUUUUCGACGUUUCCCGAAGGGGCUGCUCUCGAGGCCUCCCCAUCCCCGGUACCACCCUGACCUCCUGGCUCUGCGCACUUGGACCUCCGUCCUGUGAAUGUCCCACGUGUCCAUUUCUCCUUCAGGACAUUGGCUAGCAGGCCGGCCACUGGUGUUUCCUGAGUCCUUAGGAAACUGCCGCCUGGUUUCCCAUCUGGGCCCCACGAUUGAGUACAUGCUCCAGGCAGAGACGGCAUCUGUCCUGGGCGCCAGCUCCUGGCUGCCUGCUGACUCCCGUGAGCCCUGUGACCUCCCUCCCUGUCUUCGUGGUGCAUAGUCUUGUCCUCGUGUGCGUGCGCCUGAGCCCCCGUUUCUACAGGAUCGUUAGCCCUGCGUGUCUGUGAGCUGCCUUUCAUCACCGUAUUUCCUGAGUGAGGCUUAGCUUUGUUUGGGAAAGACGUCUCCCCCACGGCAGACCUCAGGUGGGAUUUGCCCAUUUGCUACCAGAUGGAGGGACACUCCUGGGCCUGUGUACAAGGCCUGCAUCUUGGGCACUUGGCAUUGUGCUGGUGGCCAGUCGUGGGCGAAUCAGCCCCGGGGUGGGUGGACACAUGGGUCAGUCUGGCUCCCUCCGCUUCUACUGCAAGUCCCGGGCUGAUGUUCCAUGGCCCACAUCUGUCCCAUGUGAAGCCACCACCUUCAUCCUGGCAUCUCCGGAUGGGAAAUCAAGAAAUAAAGGCAGUGUUCCUCCCUACUGUGGCUCUCUCUUCCCUGGCGGUUUGGGGCUGGUGUCCCAGAACUGCUGGAUGGGAUAAGGGCUCUGAAAUCCAGUCUGCUUCCAGACUCGACAGAGGGCUCUAGAAUGGAAAGCAGUCCUGCUCCCUCAGGGACGAGGGAGGAAACUGAGGUCCAAGGUCACCAAGCCGGGUCUUGCUCACCCCCAGCCUUGCUUUAUGAUCUUGCAUAGGACAGAGUGGAAGUCCAGUACUGCCCUUGGACCUGGCCAAGAGUGGCCCAGUCCUGGGUCCCACUCCUUGGAGGGCACGACUCUGGCCUUCCUCUGGCCAUGACCCUCCCCACGGGGCCACGGUGACACUUGCACACCCCAUGCUGCAGGUCCCAGGGAACCCUAACUCUCCACCCGAGUGGUCCUGAGCCUGCUUCCGGGUCCACACAGCCCUCUCUCCGCGCCUGUCCUCCUGACUGUGGCUCGCAUACACCUGUAAGCGUGAGGGGUGGCCAGGGACAAGCUGUUUUGCAGGGGUGGUAGAUGGAGCUUGGAGACACAGGCCGCACAUCCUGGCGUGAGACGGGCCAGGGGCAGGGAGGACCGCUCUCCUGGUGCUGCCACAGAAAACUUUGAUGAAUCUAAAAAUUCCAGUCUUCAUGAAAGUGUAAGCAGAACCUAUUUAAUGCGUAACAGUUUGUCAGUUUGAUCCUAAUGUGAAUACUCAGACAUUUCGUGUGGGAGCCACCAUCUGUGCUCUUGUCCCUGGACCCUGCAGUAUUAGAGGGGGGCCGCCUCCAGCUAUUUCUAGGGAGUGUUCUGAAAGGCUCAGGAAAUGAAAGGAUUCAAGGUCACAUGUGUUGAGAAUAUAUAUAGUAAUAGUCAUUCUCCCCCUUCAGCAUUCUGAAAUGAAAAGAUGAAAGAUCGGGGAAGGUGGACCCGUGCCUCCCCUGAAACAUUAACUCCGCGGCAUAGGGAGCAGCUUUGCCAGGAGCACGGACACCUGUCAGCAGGCCAGGCAGCCGCAGAAACACCUCCUGGGAUCAUCUGCUGGUGGGAGGCCCCUUACUCGUUCAUACUUGGUUCAUCACUUCCCACAGCCUCAGUUUCCUCAUCUGAGAGACUUGAGACAGAGGUUGAAUUUUCCAACUCUAACCGCUGGUGAGUGUGGAUUCUGCCCUCCAGCUGUGACGGGGUAUGUCCUUGGAGGGGUGAUGGAUUCCGUUGGCUACUCUCAAGCUGUCACGUGGCAUGGCUGAGAAUAUGACAGGGCCUUCAGAUAUUGUCACCAAAGGAGGCAGUGUCAGUCCAGAUGCUUUUGUUGGCAAGUAGCAGAAAAUCCAACUUAAGUAUGAUAUAAACCACAGGGUAGAAUUUAUUGGCUCAUAUAACUCAUAAGUUCCAGGAGUGGAGUGGCGAUCAGGCAAGGUUCAAUCAAGGCUUCCACUCCAUUUCUCGGCUUGCUUUAGCCUCUCAGCUAUUUGCAUCUCUCCUGUUAAUUCAGUCCUUAGGGUGGUCACAAGCUGACUACUACAGUUUCAGGCUAACAUCUGGACCUUGUAACGUCCACAGGCAGAGAGAACAUCUAUUCCAGUGGCUCUCAAGAAGUUUUUUUCCCCCCAGGAGUCCCCAGCAAAUCUUGCCUUGAGCCUUGUUGGCAUGUUUUGGGUCACAUGCCCAUUCGUGAACCGGUUCCUGUUGUCAGAACGCUGCCUGCUGAUCAGAUCACAGCUGGGUUCCUGAACCCAGGGUGGCAAAGGUUUUAAGGUUGCCCUUAGCCCACCCCCUGGGGAUUUGCCAGAAGCAUAUAGGCUGUGCGGGGAAGGGAUGGCUGCUGGACCGGAUAUAUUGGGGAGCAGGAAUGGGGCAAAUGUGACAAACUUGUAAGCAAAGUAAGGUCUCUGAAGGGAACUUGGUAACUGAGAUAUAGGAACCAGUGCCUGGGAAGAUGGUAGGACAAAGUUUCUGAGCGUCUUGGGGCAGACACAUGGGUCCAUCCAUCACCCUAAUAGGUAGGGGUGUGGAGGGCACAUAUGGGUCAAAUUGCUUAAGAUUCUCCAAACCUCAUUAUAAUCAGUGGGCCAGCUUACACCCCAGUGACUGCUUUACUUGGGUUGUCUGCCCCAGCCCUCCUCUGUAGUGGAGUGAACCAAUUUAAAUUUUCAACGAAACGCAGAUCUUCCAUUUGUGUGGUAGCAAUGGGCUCACACACAGCUCAAGGCCCCUGGCGAUGCACCAAGGAGAUUAUUACACUAGAGCAGCCCAGUUACCACCAUGGGCACAGAGGGUCCAGGGUGUGGGCUGGUCCCCCACCCGCAUAUUCAUUCUUAACCACUCUGGGAGGGGUGCAAACCACACAAGAGGGAUGAGUUAAGGAUUCCCCAUCCCACCUCAUCCAACUUGCCUGCCCAAGAAAUAGAGGAAGAGGACUCACACUGCCUGUAUCAGAGGGGCAUUCUCUCUUGUGGCUCAUUUGAGUUCCUUUCAGCCCCAGGCGGCGGACUUUUAGACAAGUCUCCGAGAAACCUCACCAAAGAAAGGAAGCAGCUAUUUCCCCUGCCCUCUCUUCCCCCUGCCCCACUCCCUUCACAGGAAGGUAAAGGGGCCCACGUCACAGUGAACUUCUGCCCCCAGUAACUUCUUCAAAGGCAGCGAUGAAUUUUGUCUUUGAUGUUCCAACCCAUACACAGAACCACACUCCAUGGGUGCCCCACCCCAAGUCACCCUCAUCCAACACCUACCUAGAUGGGAAGUUCAAGGCAGUCAUCGUGGUCAUGGGUCAUCACUUGAGACUCACCAAGGGUGUUGUGUCCUGGAGCAGUGGUUCUCAAGCUUUAGGGUUCAUCAGAAUGACCCCGAAGGGCUUGUCAUUCUGACUCAGCAGGUCUGGGGUGGGGCCUGAAAAUCUGGGUUUCUAACAAGGUCCCAGGGGAUGCUGAUGCUGCUAGACCAGGGACCUAAGAGCCUGCCCUGGGGAGAUGUCUCAUCUGAGAACAACUGCAGAAGACUAGGCAAAAAGCACAGGGGAGACAGUUGGGGACUUCGGGUGGGUGGCUUUUUUAUACUCGUCAUUAAAGCCGGGGGGAGGUCUAUGUCCCUUCCUCUUGAAUCUAGGUGAGCUUUUGACCAAUAGAACGCUGCGGUGGUGAUGCCUGUGCCUUCUGGGCUAGGUCAUAAAAGGCCAUGCAGCUUUUCAGAACACCUGUCCUGGGGGAGGCAGCCAGCGUGUAAGAUGGCCUCCCUGAGAUGGCCUUGCUACAGAGGCCAUGUAUGGCCCCAAAUGAGCCUGCUUCCAGCCACCCACCAUGCGCCAGACACGUGAGUGAGGCCAGCUUGGACUCGCCACGCCUGCCCAUCUGCCAACUGAGUGACCUCAGUUGAAGCCACAAGAAGCAGGACUGCCCAGCCAAGCUCUAUCCUAAUUCUCAAUCAAAAGAUUCCAUCAGAUCAAAUGGUGGUUGUUUUAAGCCACCAAGUUUCGGGGCAGUUUGUCGUUUAGCAAUAGGUAACUAGAGUGGUGCUUUGGGUUGGAAAGGGUAGGUUAGCAAACUACACGCAGUGUACAGAGUGAAGUGCCCGCCUAGAGGAGUCAUUGGCUUGGGCUUGGCGCCCUCUGCAGGAACCACGAACACAAAGCUGUCUUUCUUACCUCUUCCGGACUUUUAUCCCUCUGGCCAGGAGAAAAGCCAGAGCCCUGAGGGGCCUUAGUGAUCAUGCAGCCCAGGGUUCUCAACCAAGGUGGAGACAUGGGGUCCAUGGAGGCAGCAGAUGGAUUGCAGUAACUGCCCCAAUUCCCACACCUCCCGGGAUCCAAAGAACUUUGCCACUCCUCACAUCGAUUGCUGGAGUGUAUCUGCCCACCAGCCCCUUGAUUCUGAACUUGGCCCUGUGACUCGCUUUGGCCAAUGAGAUGUCAGCAAUUGUGACGGGGUAGUCUCCUCUCAUCUAGCUCCUCAGCUUCUGCUGUGACAACAUGCCCAGGCCAGGCUGCUGAGGAUGACAGACAUGGAGUCGACCUGAGCUGCCCUAGCUGUGAGGGCUGAGGUCAUCCUAGACCAGCUAAACCUGUCAAAUCCCAGGCACAGGAAGGAGCCCAGUCAAGACCAGAACUGUCCAGCCACGUCCAGCCUAAAUUGCAGAAUAAACGCUUAUUGUGUUAAGCUUCAAGCUUUGGAAUGGUUUGUUACACAC